AUGGAUAAGCUCACCAAGUUCGUGAAAGAGCAGAGCCUGCAGCGCUCCGAGCGCUCCGCAAGAGCCGAAGAGCAGGUCCAAUGGCUGGUGGAGCUGGGCGGUCGAGGUCCAAAGGCCGCGGCAGAUUUUGGCUUCGCAUCCCAAGUGGCGAACCUGACGAAGGACCACAACGACGAAGUGGCGGCCGCGGCCCUUCGGACGCUGGGCGACUUCGGCCCGGAAGGUGCCAAGCACAUGGGGGCCGUGGCCAGUGGAUUGAACAGAAGCCCAGAGGUCUGCAUCGCCGCGGCGGUGGCCUUGGCGGAGUUUGGGCCACAAGCCUUGGGCUAUGGUGACACCUUGGCCAUGUGUUUGGAACGCACGCGUGACGAGAACGCCAAGGCGGCGGUGCUUGCAGCGUUGGGCGCCGUCGGGGCCGAGCAGCAUGCUGGCCUUUGUGCCAAGUACUUGGAGGACUCUUCCGUGGCCGUCUCCGCCGCUGCCUGCCAAGCUCUUGGACGCUUGGGCUCGGCGGGCGCGGCGGACGCUCCCCGCAUCGCCGAGAAGCUGGCGGAUCCGUCGAAGCGCUUCGCGGCCGUGACCGCGCUGGGAUAUCUGGGGACCGAGACGGUGAAAAGGAACAUGUCUCAAAUCGUGUCCUGCCUGAAGGACAAAGACAGCCUCACCCGGCAAGCCGCAGCUACGACCCUUGGGGUUGCGUCUGAUGCAGUGCUUGCUGGAGGAGAUGCCACGAGCAUUGUUGCACUCUUGAAGGAUCCCAAUCCUGGUACUCGAUGCGCCGCCGCCCUGGCCCUGGGAAAGCUGGGCGCGGUGAGCAGCGCUGCUGAGGUGGCCGAACUCUUGGGCGACAACGCGGAGGACGCCUCGGAAAGCCAUCUCACCGUGGGCGGUGGCGCGCUGCGCUCCGCCGCGGCGCUACGGCGGCCGAAGUGCGCCGCUUUGGCGAGCCUGGGCUUGAUGAAGUCGGAGAAGCAUUUGCCACUGCUCUCAGGCGUGGGAUGGGAAGGCGCCUUGAGGGACAAAUCCUAUGAGGUGAGAUUGAGUGCGCUUGAGGCCCUGAUGCAGGUGGGCCAUGCAGCGGCCAAGUACUCGACGAGCAUCAUGUCGGUCAUGGAAGACGAUGUCUACUUGGUGCGUUUGAAGGCUUGCCAAACCAUCGCGGCCAUCGGCGCGACCGAUGUGAUGGACAACCUUCCAGAUCUCUUCCAAGACGAAGCCCCCUCAGUGCGUCAAGCAGCUUUGGAUGCUCUCGCGACCAACUCCGACAUCGGCAAGAAAUAUUCCUCGCAGGUCUUUAAGUGCAUCACAGACGAGUACGGUUGCGUUCGGGCUGCGGCGAUGAGGUGUUUGGCGAGUAUGGAGUCGGUGGGGCAGUGCUAUGCUAGCACCAUCGCAGGCGAACUCAGUAGUCAGGAUCCCGAGUCCAGAGCUGCUGCCUGUGAGACCUUGGGGAAGUUGGGCGACUAUGGUGCGGCCUUCACAGAGGAGAUGGAGGUGUGCCAGCAUGAUGAGAUCCCCAUGGUCCGAGAGGUCGGGGACUUCUCCGCGGGCAUCGGCUACAUCGGCGCCAUCGACCACCUUCCCAAGGUGACCUGGCUGGCAGCUGUGGAUGACCUGUCGGGGCUCAAAGCUGAGCUGCAGGACAAGGACAAGGAUGAGGUCGUGGAAGCCUUGAUGGUGAAGGACCGGGAUGGAAAGCAGCCGCUGCACUGGGCUGCACAUCGUGGCCACCAGCGCAUGGUGAGGGAGCUGCUGAAGAUGCGCGCCUUCCAUGGGGCCUUGGACCGGCACGGCGCCAGGCCUGUGCACCUGGCCGCCUUUGAGGGGCAUGAGAAGGCUUUGCGCCAACUCCUCGAGGUCGAGACACGGAAGAGCGCCAUGGCUCGAACGGAGGGUGGCGCUGAGCCACUCCAUUUGGCGGCCACCAAAGGACACACCUCAGUCGCCAAGCUUCUACUGCGGAAGCGGGCUUCCCCGUCCGCGCGUGACAACAAAGGAGCGGAGCCCCUGCACAUGGCUGCUUAUGAAGGGCACACUGCAAUGGUCGACCUCCUGCUCGCCGCGGGCGCCGCGGCGGACGCGGGCGCUGAUGAUGGCACUGAUCCGGCCAAGCUGGCCUGGAAGCGAAAGCACAAGGAUCUCGCUCACAAGUUGAACGACGCCAUUCCCAAAAAGCCCGCGAGCAGCCGCAAGACGCUGGGGCCGCUGCAUGAGGAGUUCUGA